UAAUCUCCCCGCCCGCUUCGAGCUCCGCUCGGCAGUUUCCCCAGAUUUCCACCGAUCGGGGCUGCCUCGGGUCUGUGUAAUAUAGGUAGCCAAAGCUGUAUGGUAAUUAUCGCCAAACCAUCGAGCCUCAACAGUCUGCUUAUUCGGUCACGAUGCCCGAGAUCGUGGACGACAAGUCCCAGCAUUGUAUUCCUUUCAUCCUGGAACGUCUCAAGGUGCACCAGGCUCGUCACAAAGAUGAUCCUGAUGCCCCGCCUUUCUUCCUGGGUCUGAACGGUGUCCAGGGUGCGGGAAAGACGGUUUUGGUAUCUACGCUUCAGAAAACCCUCCGUUCCCCGCCUUACUCCCUCCCCACGGUGACGCUCUCCCUCGACGACAUCUACCUCACCCACGCGGACCAAGUCGCCCUCGCAGCUGCUCAUCCGGAUAAUCCCCUUCUCCAACACCGCGGACAGCCAUCCACGCAUGAUCUCGCGUUGGGCGAAAAAAUCUUCGCGUCCCUCAAGGCCAAUAAACCCACUGCCAUCCCGCAGUACGACAAGUCCGCCUUUUCCGGACAAGGGGAUCGUGUCCCGGAGUCGCAAUGGGAGAUCGUCAAUGGCGAAGGUCAGGAGAAGAUCAAGCUUGUCAUUUUCGAGGGAUGGUGUGUGGGAUUUCGGCCCUGGGAUGACGUGACGCUGAAAGAGAAAUGGGAGGCGGCGGUGCGGCAGAAGGAUACUGGGAAUUAUGAUGGGAGAUUGGGAUAUGUUAAAUUCGAAGAUGUGAAGACGGUCAAUGAUGCUCUUAAGCGAUAUGAUGUCUUGACUGACCAGCUCGAUGCCCUUAUACAUAUUGAUGCCGAAAACCCCCGCUUUGUCUACGAAUGGCGACAGGAGCAGGAACGCACACUACGCGCUGCAAAAGGCACAGGCAUGACUGAAGAACAAGUCAACCACUUCGUUGACGGCUAUUACCCAUCCUACGAACUCUUCACCGAAACCCUCCGUGAAGGCGUCUUUAAACCUACUGCAGGCAAACCCGUUCCCGAGGCGGAUUGGAAGGGAAGACAACUUCGUCUAGUCGUCGAAAAGAACAGACGGGUACGGGAAGUUAUUACGAUUUAGGGUCCAAAGUCUGCCCAUGGGAAUCUAUAUAGGUUGGAAUAGACGCUGUAUAGAUAGACAAAGGGUCUCUAUUUCCUUGUGGUCUUUUCUUAGUUAGCGGGCAGUAUCCCUUCGCGACUUACUUAAAAAGCUGUCAAUAAUAGCAGUUCCGACGGCUCUUACUAGCUGAAAUGGCUAAAAGCGGGGGCGAGAGAUUGGAAAUAACGUGGGUGUCGAAGGCUUUUCUCAUUAGAGGUCUAAAGGAGAUCCUAGGAUCCGAGAAGUCUAAGUACAGGUUUGUCACAUGAUAUGUCACGUGACCUCCGGGAAACAAAAAAAAAGAUGUGCCCCCGGCACGGACCUCAGCAUUACAAGUGCUGCGCUCUACCACUGAGCUAUAAGGGCU